AACACUGGCGCACCAAUAGCAUCCCUAUGUCAGUCAAUAGUCUGCAAAGUGACGCGACCAAAGGGGAGGGUGCUUUCUCUCAAACCUAUCUCAGUUUUGAGCUUUCUCAAGCUGCAGGGAGCCGAAUGGCGCACUAAUUUAAGAGUUAACAUUUAGACAUCUCCUUUAUAAUUUUGUGGAAUUUACUAAUUUCCUGAAAACUUUUUUUGCGGGACGAGACGACUUGUGCACGGUGUAGGAAAGGGAGGAUCUUCCCUUGCAGCUCGUGACAGCACAGCCGGGAUACAAACUUUGCGCUUUGUGCAGAAAACGUCUAGAUUGACUCGGCCACUAACUAACAGGUCCUGAGUCGCUAGGACGGCGCUUCCUUGCUGGUAACAGUGGGAAUAUUUAAAGAUGUUGGACGGUAUAAAAAUCGAAGACCAUCCGUUGCGGUCGGGACAGGCUACACUUGGAGUUAUGCUUGGGACGGAGUGCCAUCACCAGGCGGUGUGUGAGGGGUGCCAGCGGCCGAUAUCCGACCGCUUUCUGAUGCGCGUCAACGAGUCUUCAUGGCACGAGGAGUGUUUGCAAUGCGCCGUGUGUCAACAACCGCUCACCACCAGCUGCUACUUCCGGGAGAGGAAACUUUACUGCAAAAACGACUACCAACAGUUAUUUGCGACCAAAUGCAGCGGGUGCCUGGAGAAAAUUGCCCCCACGGAGUUUGUUAUGCGGGCGCUCGAGUGCGUGUACCACCUCAACUGUUUCUGCUGCUGUGUGUGCGACCGACAGCUUAGGAAAGGGGAUGAAUUUGUACUGAAAGACGGACAGCUUCUGUGCAAGAAUGACUAUGAAAGGGAGAAAGACCUGCUCGGCUCUGUCAGCCCCGAUGACUCUGAUUCAGAGAAAAGUGAAGAUGAGGAGUUGGAUAUCAAGAAGGAGAAGGGCUCAGGAGGCACUGGGAAGGGAGAUGAUGGGAAAGACCCAAGAAGACCCAAGCGACCACGUACCAUCCUUACCACACAACAGAGACGUGCAUUCAAAGCAUCCUUCGAGGUUUCUUCCAAACCCUGCCGGAAGGUAAGAGAGACGCUGGCUGCAGAGACGGGCUUGAGUGUUCGCGUCGUUCAAGUGUGGUUCCAGAACCAAAGAGCUAAGAUGAAAAAGUUGGCGCGGAGACAGCAGCAGCAACAGGAGCAGCAGAACUCCCAAAGGCUGGGCCAAGAGGUGAUGUCCAAUCGGAUGGAGGGAAUGAUGAACUCCUACACACCAUUGGCUCCAGCCCAGCAACAGAUGGUUGCUAUGGAGAAUGGUUACAGCACGGAUCCCUUCCAGCAGGGCCUCACCCCUCCUCAAAUGCCCGGUGACCACAUGAACCCAUAUGGAAAUGACUCGAUAUUCCACGACAUUGACAGUGACACUUCAUUGACCAGCCUUAGUGACUGCUUCAUGGCCUCGUCCGAGGCAGGCUCAAUGCAAGCGAGAAUCGGGAAUCCCAUCGACCGACUCUAUUCCAUGCAGAGCUCCUACUUUGCUUCAUGAAAACCUAAACAGACAGGGAAAGGAAAAAGUGGGUCACUUCGCUGCAGCUCACUAGUCAGACGCCGCCUAUCAAGGAAAUACAACAGAAUCGUCAGCAAAGACGAAACAUCUUAGAUAGACAAACAGGCAAAAACAGAAAAGACAAGUGAACUUGAAGACUUGCAUUCUUAUUUCUCUGCAGUGAAGCACCAGCUCUGGACGCCCAGGCGCCUGAGGCUGAGAAUUUUUCUAGUUGCUUGUAGAUUGUUUGUACACGACUUUCUCAGAAGUAGCAUUUCAUCUUAUCGUCAAAAAGAGCAUUGAUGUACAGUUUGACGUCACUGAAGCAUCAAGCCUCGACUUAUGAUUUCCUGCCAGGAGAGGUGGAAGAUCAAGACACAAAGCUCAUAAUGCAUGAAUCCAUAUCUUUGUGAUUGUUACAUUAAAAA